AAGAAAUCAUAAAGAGAGCAGAUACUGCAUAGCCUAGAGGAGAACACACACAUUUGGAAAGAUAAGGAGGAGUUUGCAUAUUGGCACUUUCCUGUUGCGGGACUGUGAUUGGCUGUUGAUGUCAGAGGAAGCCCACAGAAUGUGGUCCACCUUUCGUCACUGUGAGGAACUCAUUUGCAUAGCAUAAAUCAAUUUCGCAACUGUGCUAAAGAGAAAACAAGGGUUAUUAUGAAUUUCUUCAACAAGCUUGAUUUAACUGCUGACACAACAAUGGCUACAGCCGCAGAUAUUGCCAGCCAGCUUCAGUGCUCCAUGUGUGAAAACCUGACAGAUUUAGUCACUCUGAGUUGUGGACACACCUUUUGCAGAAGCUGUCUGGAUCAGCUAGUAAACAUGAGCGAUCCUCAGUGUCCUCAGUGCCCCCAGGCUCCUAGGAGGGUGGAGAUGGAUGACCUGAGUCACUUUAACACAGAUGAAAGAGCCUCAGGUUUAACUGCUAACACAGAAAAGCUGCAGUCACAAAAGCUAAAGUCUGCUAAAGUCACAAAAGCUGCAAAAAUCGUCAGCCACCAUCAGUGCUCCAUGUGCGGAAACCUGACAGAAGAUUCAGUCACCGAGAGCUGUGGACAUACCUUUUGCAAAAGCUGUCUGUAUCAGCAGGUAGACAAUCGGGGUGAUCAAGAGUGUCCUCUGUGCCAUGAGGCUAUUCUGCAGGCACAGAUGGAUGACCUGAGUCUCCUUUACUCUGGUAAUGAAGGUGAGAUCCCUUGCAACCUCUGUGAGGGAAACUGUCCAUUCAUAGCUGUGAAGUCCUGCUUGACCUGUUUACUCUCAUACUGUGAGCAUCAUCUGAAGCCGCAUCAGUCUAUGGAGAUGCUGAGGGGUCAUAAACUGGUAAAACCAGUGGAGAGAUUGAAUGAGAGAGCAUGCAGUGUCCACGGCAGACCACUGGAUCUCUACUCUACCCAAGACGAACGCUGCAUCUGUGCUUUAUGUGUGAAACCUGGUGUAGAUAUCAUACCUGUGGAGACAGAGAGAAAAAGGAGAGAGGCCAAACAGAAAAUGACUAUUAUGGAGUUGGAAAGCGUGAUUGAAAAGGGAGAAAAAAAAAUUAUAGACCUUAAGAAUACAGUCAGAAACAAUGUAGCUGAGAUAAGCAAAGAGCAGAAAGAGAUAAGCAAAGUGUUUGCUGCAGUGAUGGAUGCUGUAAAGACAGCUGAGAAUGAGCUGAUUGCUCCUCUGGAGGAUGAAAGAAGGAGACUGGAGAGAGAGAUGGAAGAGAAGACACAGCAGAUACAAAGAAAAAAUUUACGGCACAGAGAAACCAUCAAUCAUCUGAAUCAAACUCAGAAUGAAGAAGAUGACAUCCUCUUUCUCCAGUCACAUCCAUCUGUGCCUGCUGAAUUCAGAGAUGAUCGGAGAGUUUCUAUUGACACUAAACCAAACUUUGGCUCCAUGAGAAAUAUAACCACACCUGUUUUGACUUCUAUAAGGACUCAGCUGGAGAAUCUUUGCUAUUUUGAAAUGAUAAGAAUUCUGAGGUUUUUAGUGGAUGUGACUCUGGAUAAAAAAACUGCACAUCCAGCUCUGGAAGUGUCUCAAGACAGCAAAGCUGUAAGAGGCAAAGCAAACGCUCAUGACAUCCCGAGUGGCCCAAAGCAAUCUGAUCUGGUGGCUGGAGUCCUGGGAAAUCUUCAGAUCAAGUCUGGAAAAGCAUUCUGGUUAGUGGAGGUGGGACAGCAAACGGGCUGGGAACUGGGCGUAGUGAGAGAAAAUGCAAACAGGACAGGAACGGUCUCCUACAAACCCAGUGAGGGUUAUUGGGUCAUUGUGUUCUGUGGUCCAAACACAUAUGGGGCUUUUGAAGAUCCUCCCAUUCAGCUGCAUCUCUCCAUCAGACCUCAGAAAGUGGGAGUGUUUGUCGACUAUGAGGACGCUCUCAUCUCCUUCUACAAUAUGGACGAUCAGUCACACAUUUACACAUUCACUCAGUGUAGAUUCAAUGGAACGAUACGUCCGUAUUUUAACCCUCAUCCCAACAAAAAUGUCAAAAAUUCAGAUCCAAUGAUCGUUUCUUCUUUUAAUCCAUCAAUAUAACAUAUACAGUAAACUCCCCACCACACACACACACACACACACGCACAUGC